AUGUGUCACAUGACCUCGGACUUGGAAAUGUCCACCCCAGAAUCAUCUAGAUCACCAUCCCGGGCCUCCCGUGGUUCUGCGCAAAGACCUAAGAGUAAAGAGAAGAAGAGGACACAGAGUGCAAGCAGGAAGCGCAAACAAUCAGAAAUGUCCACCCCAGAAUCAUCUAGAUCACCAUCCCGGGCCUCCCGUGGUUCUGCGCAAAGACCUAAGAGUAAAGAGAAGAAGAGGACACAGAGUGCAAGCAGGAAGCGCAAACAAUCAGCUAAAAAGCGUGAAGGUUCUGCAGCAUCUGUCAGCUCAGUUUCCACCCGAGAAUCAUCUCGAUCUCCAUCCCGGGCCUCCCGUGGUUCCGCGCGAAGAUCUAAGAGUAAAGAGAAGAAGAAGAAGACACGGAGUUCAAGCAGGAAGCGCAAACACUCGGCUAAAAAGCGUGAAGGUUCUGCAGCAUCUGUCAGCUCAGGUCAUCCAGAUUAUGCCAUUCCUCUAGUUUUAACAUCUAAAACACAGGAAAUCUUCCAGUGUAGAGUGGAUGAGGACGUCACACAAGACAACCCAUUCAAACUAUUGAAAAAAGAAGACAUACUAAGUGAUCUGAAGACCAGAGCUGCUGUUUCGGACUUCAGCCCCAUGAAAUCUGUUAUAACGGAGUAUCCAGGAGAAGAGUUGCUGCUCGUCCUUGACUCAGAAUUUAGAUACGGACAGAAUUUUUAUCUGGUCAUAACGGAAGAAGCCAAGGAAUCCAUUCUGCAUCCGCCUGAACUUGUAAGUGAUGAAGGAGGAAAGGAAGAAGACACAGAAGAUUACACCUAUCACCCCCCUGUUUCCAAACCAUGGGUUUCUCUUGGUAGCGAAAAGGAAAUUGAAGAGGAAAUGGUCAAAGAAUCCAGAGCAAAGAUUAAAUUUAUGAUUUCACGAGUACAUCGGGAAUUUGGAGCACAGGUCAAUUUCAGUGACUACAAUGCGUCAGAUGUGAAAGAUGGGUAUAUGGAAUGCACAUCUUAUCAAGACAAACGUUUCAACAUUAUACCUAAGGAGCGAGAUACAGGAACACAGGUCAUACCAAUGCUGCAGGAGCAAAGCACCCAGACCCAGUGGACUUAUCCACGGAAUGCCUGCACUCAGUAUCAGCCACGAGAGUUUUCAGAAGAAGAAAAACAAGAGCUGCUGACUUCUAAAGAUCUAAAGGAUUUUAUCAAUUCUGUGUCAUUAAGGCUGGAAUUAGCGCUACAGCAAAAUGAAAUUCUGAACGCCUUUGUAGAUGACUGGAAGGCCUUGUCUGAUAAGGAGAGCACAUUUGGUGCAAGAUCCGACUCUCACCUGAAGGAGUAUCAGUCUUUUACAGACCACCAGUUUGGCAAAGACAAAACCAUCAGCUGCAUAGACUGGCACCCCACACUUAAUGGCUUAGUGGCAGUUUCAUUAACUGAACCACUUUCCCUGGAGGAUCGAGUGAACUUAUCUUCCAAACUCAUCCUUAAGCCAUCAUUGAUUCUUAUUUGGAGUGUGACUGACCCUAUUCAUCCCCAGCUGAUGCUGGAAUGUCCAGAUGACAUCUAUUGCUUCCGUUUUUGUCCGAGUGACCCCAGUAUCAUCGCUGGAGGGUGUAUAAAUGGCCAGGUUGUAUUAUGGGAUAUCUCUGCUUAUAACGAGCGUCUCGCAGAGAAAACUGGAGUAACCACGAGCACCAACACAAAGACAACACUGGAGCCCAAGCAAUCCAAUGAGCCACAUUUUGUGAGAUACUGUGCGGUAUCCUCUAUAGAACAUGGGCACAAGGCUGUGAUAACUGACAUACACUGGCUCCCAGAUUUCUUUGAGAUCACCCGCGCAGGAUAUCCAUAUGAAAAUAAAAGUGGAUGCUGUGUACAGCUCGUCACCUGUUCUCCAGACAGCUCAGUCAUGUUCUGGGAUAUCCGAUCACACAAGCCGCAGGCUCAGACCAUGGCCGAGAAAAAAAUGGACAUGAAGCAGCUGGAGCUUCCACUUGGUGUACCUGAUACUUUCAAGCACAUUGAUUUGAUCUGGAGGCCGCUUAUCAAGACUUCAAUUCCCAAGAUCGAAACAGCAGGAGACUUCAGCCCUAUAAAGGUCAGCCUGAGAGAGGAGCAUCACCACUUGAGGACAAUAGACAAGCUGCAGAUCCAGGUCAAGGAGGAGAAGUCUGAGGGAGGAAUUAAUUACAGCAGUUUAAGAGCGACUUCAGCCAAAAACACCAAGGUUCUGGAAGAUAUCAACACCAAUUAUUUUGCUGCAACCGAAGAUGGUGAAUUAGUGUACACAGACUGGAAGAUGGAGAAAGAUGGAGAAACGGGAAGGUUCAUUAGCUCCAAACCCACGCAGUUCCAUGUCGCACAUGAUGGCCUUGUUCACACUGUGCAGAGAUCUCCAUUCUUAAAGGACAUUGUUCUCACUGUUGGAGGCUGGAACUUUGCCAUAUGGAAAGAAGGUGUCACCAAUGGGCCGAUUCUCCAGUCUUGCUGCUCUCAGAAGAGGUACACGGCAGCCCACUGGUCUCUGUCCAGGAGCGGUGUCUUCUUCAUUGGAAAGGAAGACGGAAACGUGGAGAUAUGGGACCUGCUAGACAAGACGCACGAGCCUUCACAGACACAGAACAUCUCAGCAGCGGCCAUUACGUAUAUCAAACCAUGGAUUGUGUCCGCUAAGCAGCACUUCCUGGCCCUGGCAGACGACAGCGGGACCCUGCAUGUUCUAGAGAUCCCCUGGACCCUCCAUCACCCCUCCGUCAGUGAGAACACUGGUGUGCAGCUUUACUUCGAGAGGGAAGUGAAGCAUCUGGAAGACUUUGAACAGCGAAAAGCCUUCCGGGCCUCGGAGAAGAGAUCGUUGGAGAUAGAGCUGAGCAAACAAACUGAAAGCGCUCCACCAGUGCAGACGAAGGAAGAGCUCGAGGAGGAGAUCAGCAAAGAAUAUGCCGCGUAUUCGGCCUUUGAGAGUACCAUCCUCACGGGACUCGCUGCAAUCCUGAUAAACCUCCCGCUGAAGUUCGCUGGGAACCGUCACUUCCUGGAGUGUCAAUCUUAUGGGGUCCACCUACAGCUCUCACUGGUUCCUCCUGCUGACCUCCACGUCAUUAUAGGAGACAGCGGUGACAUGGAGAUCAGCAGAUCUCCUCACGCUGACUUACGCUCAACAAUCAAUGACCACAAGUCAGGUGGCGUGUUGGCUCCGUUAUUGAGCGUUCACCUGAUGCUGGCACACCUACAAAAGGCAUAUAACUGCCCUGACCAGUCAGAAGCGUCCAUACCACGCCAUGCUCAGCGGCCCGCAUCAAAACCUCUGCUCCAUGUCACGUGUACACAGAUGAAGUGA